AUGAAAACACGGCGACAGCACGUCUCCGAGGAUGAUGUAACCGUUUGUCGACGGAAUACGCGACCGAAGACGACCUCAAUUAAUGGUGGAGAAAACGCAUUACCGAUCCCAAUAGAUCUCGUUUUCGAGAUAUUCUCGAGGUUGUCGGCGACAUCUGUAGCGAUAUGUCGCUGCGUCUCGAAGCUAUGGGCUUCCACACUUGGUUGUCAAGAUUUCAAGGAGUUGUUCUUGAAAAGAUCUUCGGCUUGUCCGCAGCUAUUGUUCGUCGUCGGCCAAAACUUUGAUGUGUUCUCCUUCUUCUCCUCGCCUCAGCUUCAAAAUCCGGAUGCGAACUCGUCUCAUGCAGUCGCCACUCGUCUUAUGCAUUUCCCCUUCGACAGUUUUUAUGAAAUGAGCGGUGGUUCUGUUCAUGGAUUGGUCUGUCUUGUUUAUAAUAAGCAGAUCCCAAAGGGAAGGAAGGAAACGGUGCCGGUGAUAUGUAACCCUAGCACCGGUCAAUCCUUAACAUUACCCAAAGUGAGGACAAAGAGAGUUAAUGUGAUAAGCUACUUGGGAUAUGAUCCAGUUGGUAAACAAUUCAAGGUAUUGUCCAUGACCUGGCCUAUACUUGGCAACCAAAAGGGGAUGUGUGGGGAGCAUCAAGUUCUAACUUUAGGGCCUGGAAAACUGUCAUGGAGACUGAUCGACUGUAGUGCUGUCCCCCAUGGGAUUCUAUAUAAUGAAAAUAGAAUAUGCAUCAAUGGUGUUUUGUAUUAUCAAGCUUGGGUCCUUGGGUUUUCUAAGGUAAUUAUUUGCUUUGAUGUUAGCUCUGAAAAGUUUACAGUUAUUAACCUUGAUAAGGGUAUGGUACGUUGGCAUGAGCCAACUCUGGUUAACUACAAGGGUAAAUUAGGUGCACUUACAGCCUCAGAUUUCGGGUCCUUUAGGACAGUUAGUGGAGAUACUGAAUGUCUUCAGUUGUGGGUUUUAGUAGACGCAGAGAAACACGAAUGGUUGAAGUAUACCUACGUCUUGCCCCCUUUGUGGAAGAAUGUAGUUGGGAAUGCUAGGUUACACUUUGUUGGUUUGACCGGUACAAACGAAAUUGUCUUGUCUUCGGAUGAUCCAUCCGGCCCUUUCUGUGUUUUUUACUACAAUUUCGAGAGCCAAACUGUCAGAAAAGUUGAAAUGCAAGGAAUUCAUGUAGUUACGAAUCCCACGGUUCACAUCUUUGUAGACCAUGUAGAGAACGUGAAGCUUAUGGAAAUGUUUCUACCUCGUGUAUCAUAA